UUAUCUUAAAUUAGUUAGUUAAUUAUCAUGAAUUUUACAAUUUAUUAAAAUAGCUUUAGUAAUAAUAAUCAUGUGUUUCAAACUCACAAUACACAAUAUAUAAUAAUAAUACACAAAAGUUAAUUAAAAUUUAAAUCGCAAUGUAAAAGAAUCGCCAUGUUCUGGUAACUUAAAACAAGAUCCAACCUCGACAAGGGUAGGAUGGAGGUUCAUAACCUGUCAAUUGACGAUAAUGAAGCUGACACGUCUGGGGACGAUUUUGACGACGAAGAACAUGAUUUGCUAUUUGAAGCUUUCUUGAAGGAGGGUAACGAGAACGCACCAACCACGUCAGCGUCCCUUAGACCUGAGAAGGGCGUAAAUUCAGCAACGACGACAAUCUUCACAACUCCGAAAGACUUUCAACGUAAAUUCUGCGCGUGGGAGAGACCUUCAGUCCCACUGGAUACCUUUUUCUACUCAUCAUCUGUGCUGCAAGAACAGCCAGAUCCGUUCCAGUUCUUUGUACUGGACGCCGUGUCAACCGUCAGUUCUGUUAAACAUCCUAUGAUAAAGUUGGACUCAUCUGUGCAGCAAUUUCCUCUCCAUAAUGUGAUGCGACUAUUUGGAGUGACGACCAAACCGAAAACUCUGGAAUUAUCUCAUAACGAUGAUGAAUGUGCAGAGUUUGACAAAACCAGCAGUAUUUCAGUUUGUUGUAACGUCCAUGGAUUCUUGCCAUAUUUUUACAUUCUUCCCAUAUCUACGACAUUGGACGACGUAAACGAGGAAGAAUAUUGGAGGUCGGAGACGGAGAAGAAAGAAUUUGAACAGUUGUUGAACGAAAAAAUUAGGAACAUUAUUCUAGACGACAUUUCUUGUAUUGAGUACCACGAUUUUGUAUCAGAGUGCGGAAAAUGUGUGGCACGCGUUGAAACGGUGACGGCUUCCGAAGAGGAUGGAAUUUAUCAUUUUUUCGAAAGCAAACUCCAUGGAACAAAAGGAAAUACGAUACUAUUGAAAGUUUACUGCUCACUGCCACGAUUUAUUUGGCCUACAAAUUCUACCGAUUUGAUACAAAUGAGAUUCAAAGACUGGAAAUUCCAAUACUUUGAAACAAAUAUAAACAACACUAUUAGAUUUUUGACGGACAGAAACAUGACGGGGUCUUCGUGGUACGAAUUAAAGGGAGCCCAAUAUUUUGUGAGAAAUUGUGUUGAAUCCCCUCUGAAGGAGAGCUAUUCACAGAUUGAAAUUGACGUUCAUUAUGACAACAUUUUUCAACUUGAAGAUUUUCAUUCAAGAUACAAGUUUAACCCAGCCGUGCGAGUAUUAUCUUUUGACAUUGAAGUGAUGACCUCGUCUAACGAAGAUGCUUCACCUUCGUACAGUGGGAGUAGACAAGUUAUCCAAAUUGGUGCUGUAUUAGGGAAUUAUUAUGCUGGAGCAGAUGCCAAAGAUUGCAUUAUUGGAAAAGCAGUAUUUGUCCUUGGGACUUGUGACGAUAUUCCAGAUGCUCAAGUUGUUCAGUUUUAUGUUAAAGAAGAACCUGAAGCAACGGGGGAGAAGUACUUGGAGGACGCGGAAGAUAUGCUACUGGGUGCAUGGAGAGACUUUAUUGUGCAUAUGGACCCAGACAUUAUUACUGGAUAUAAUAUCAAGAAAUUUGACUUUCCAUAUCUAUUUGAUAGAGCAUUUGGGUUGGAAGGAUUUGGUUAUAAUGCGUCCGCGGUGCUUCCGUUCAUGGGGCGUUUGAAGAAAAUAAAAUCGCAAAUGCGAAAUGUGCAAAGCGAGCUAAAGAAAGUUCACCAGUACGACGAUAAGUAUAUAAGCAUUCAAGGACGCAUUGUUUUCGACCUAUAUCCAAUAGUUGCCCGACAUGAUAAGUUGCACUAUGGUCGAGGUUAUUAUAAACUUGCUAGCGUAGCGAAGCGUUACCUGAACAAGAAGGAGGAGAAACAGGACGUUCAUUACACAGAGAUUGAGAGCUUACAACAUGGGACUUCCGCGACGAGAAAUCGUAUGGCUCGUUAUUGUCUGCAAGAUUCCAUGAUUCCGUACCUCCUUCUCUUCGAACCUGUGCCCUGUCGUCGCGAAUCUGUCCGAUAUCUGGACCACUAUUUUGCAAAGUCCCGUGAUGGUGGUGCUCCCGUGAGAUAUCUGUUAAAUAAGUCACUGCCGUAUAAUGAAUACUUCAAGCAAAUUCGUGUACAAAAGAAUCCAGGACGAGCGAAAUAUAUACCGGAAACGCCAAGUCCAACAAAACCACUUUCACGGCUUCGAAGAAACAUGAGUAUGAGUCCUGGGAGUCCUAAUUGCAAAUAUUACAAUAUGUCGACGCCACCCAGAAAUCGAAACCAGUCACCAGUUGCAGUUGGGCGAAACCCAAGCAAAAUACUCUUUGCAGAUUAAAAAUCUACAAAUCUCAUUAUAUAAUUUAUCAUGACCACAUCGUCUUAUGACUGAAAACACAAAGUGAUAUCUUAAUUGUUGAUAACAUAUAUAUAGAUAGAAUUUUUAUUAUAUUAAGUGUUUCACUUAUUAACAGAUGAAUCUAUGUAGAAUAAUAUUCAUUUACAGAACUUAUACUAUUUCCCGGUUGUUAUUUAUAUAAAUAGCUUUGAAUUGUAACUUCAAAUAAAUUAAUUGUGUAGUAAAUGAG